AUGGGCCGGUUCGCGUGGAUUCUCAUCGCGCUCGUCGCCCUCCUAUCAGCUACGUCCACGUCAGCGCUUGUCUUCACGCUGCUCAAACGCGAGUGCUUCCAGCAUUUCGUGCCGAAAGGCGGCGAGACCGUCCACGUGUCGUUCGUCGUGAUCAAAUCAGAUUACAACUGGGGAGGCGGGGAGCAGGCGAAAAUCGAUUUAACGGUGGAGGACCCAAGGGGCCACGUGCUGCGCAAGAUAGAGGCGAGGACGGACGACAACUUCAUGGUCACUGCUGCCGUUGACGGCUUCUUCAAGUUCUGCUUUACGACUGACUCCGCUGUGCACGAAUCCGUGGCGUUCGAUGUGGAGAACGGCCACCCAAUCACCACUGAACACGUGGCAAAGAAUGAUCAAAUCGAGCCACUGGUGAAGGAGGUGCAUCGGCUGCAGAGGGAGGUGAUGCGCACCAAGCAUGAGAUCCACUACUCCUUCUACCUCGCCGAGCAGCAUGCAGAGGGUGAGUGGCAUUGUGGCAGUGCUUCUGGGGUUUUUCUAGGUAGCACGGGUUGGUUUGAGGGGUGGAUGGGCAUGAUUGCAGCACGAGGAGGGAGGGAGGUGAUGCGCACCAUGGAUGGGAUCCACUACUCCUUCUACCUCGCCGAGCAGCAUGCAGAGGGAAAGAGCAGCACACAGAGAAUGACUGGCCAUGCUCCUGCCUAUGCUCGUACCUAUGCUCCUUCCUAUGCUCCUACCUAUGCUCGUGCCUAUGCUCAUACCUAUGUUCGUGCCUAUGCUCGUACCUAUGCUCGUACCUAUGUUCGUGCCUAUGCUCGUACCUAUGCCUGUGCCUAUGCUCGUACCUAUGCUCGUGCCUGUGCUCGUCGUACCUAUGCUCGUGCCUAUGCUUGUACCUAUGCUCGUACCUAUGCUCGUGCCUGUGCUCGUACCUAUGCUCGUGCCUGUGCUUGUACCUAUGCUCCUGCCUAUGCUCGUACCUAUGCUCGUACCUAUGCUCGUGCCUGUGCUCAUCGUACCUAUGCUCGUACCUGUGCUCGUACCUAUGCUCGUACCUAUGCUCGUACCUAUGCUCGUACCUAUGCUCGUACCUAUGCUCGUACCUAUGCUCGUACCUAUGCUCGUGCCUAUGCUCGUACCUAUGCUCGUACCUAUGCUCGUGCCUAUGCUCGUACCUAUGCUCGUACCUAUGCUCGUACCUAUGCUCGUACCUAUGCUCGUGCCUGUGCUCGUAUCUAUGCUCCUGCCUAUGCUCGCACCUAUGCUCGUGCCUAUGCUCGUGCCUGUGCUCGUACCUAUGCUCGUGCCUAUGCUCGUACCUAUGCUCGUACCUAUGCUCGUACCUAUGCUCCUACCUAUGCUCGUACCUAUGCUCGGACCUAUGCUCGUGCCUGUGCUCGUAUCUAUGCUCCUGCCUAUGCUCGCACCUAUGCUCCUGCCUCUGCUCGUGCCUGUGCUCGUACCUAUGCUCGUACCUAUGCUCGUGCCUAUGCUCGUAUCUAUGCUCCUGCCUAUGCUCGUACCUAUGCUCGUACCUAUGCUCGUGCCUGUGCUCGUACCUAUGCUCGUACCUAUGCUCGUACCUAUGCUCAUACCUAUGCUCGUACCUAUUCUCGUACCUAUGCUCGUGCCUAUGCUCGUACCUAUGCUCGUGCCUAUGCUCGUACCUAUGCUCGUACCUAUGCUCGUACCUAUGCUCGUACCUAUGCUCGUGCCUGUGCUCGUAUCUAUGCUCCUGCCUAUGCUCGCACCUAUGCUCCUGCCUAUGCUCGUACCUAUGCUCCUGCCUAUGCUCGUACCUAUGCUCAUACCUAUGCUCCUGCCUAUGCUCGCACCUAUGCUCCUGCCUAUGCUCGUACCUAUGCUCCUGCCUAUGCUCGUACCUAUGCUCAUACCUAUGCUCCUGCCUAUGCUCGUACCUAUGCUCGUGCCUAUGCUCGUACCUAUGCUCGUGCCUGUGCUCGUACCUAUGCUCGUGCCUGUGCUCGUACCUAUGCUCCUGCCUAUGCUCGUACCUAUGCUCGUACCUAUGCUCGUAACUAUGCUCGUGCCUAUGCUCGUACCUAUGCUCGUGCCUGUGCUCGUAUCUAUGCUCCUACCUAUGCUCGCACCUAUGCUCGUGCCUAUGCUCGUGCCUGUGCUCAUACCUAUGCUCGUGCCUGUGCUCGUCGUACCUAUGCUCGUGCCUAUGCUUGUACCUAUGCUCGUACCUAUGCUCGUGCCUGUGCUCGUACCUAUGCUCGUGCCUGUGCUUGUACCUAUGCUCCUGCCUAUGCUCGUACCUAUGCUCGUACCUAUGCUCGUGCCUGUGCUCAUCGUACCUAUGCUCGUACCUGUGCUCGUACCUAUGCUCGUACCUAUGCUCGUACCUAUGCUCGUACCUAUGCUCGUACCUAUGCUCGUACCUAUGCUCGUGCCUAUGCUCGUACCUAUGCUCGUACCUAUGCUCGUACCUAUGCUCGUACCUAUGCUCGUACCUAUGCUCGUACCUAUGCUCGUACCUCUGCUCGUGCCUGUGCUCGUAUCUAUGCUCCUGCCUAUGCUCGCACCUGUGCUCCUGCCUAUGCGCGUACCUAUGCUCCCGCCUAUGCUCGUACCUAUGCUCAUACCUAUGCUCCUGCCUAUGCUCGUACCUAUGCUCGUGCCUAUGCUCGUACCUAUGCUCGUGCCUGUGCUCGUACCUAUGCUCGUGCCUGUGCUCGUACCUAUGCUCCUGCCUAUGCUCGUACCUAUGCUCGUACCUAUGCUCGUACCUAUGCUCGUACCUAUGCUCGUGCCUAUUCUCGUACCUAUGCUCGCACCUAUGCUCGUGCCUAUGCUCGUACCUAUGCUUGUACCUAUGCUCGUACUUAUGCUUGUACCUAUGCUCGUACCUCUGCUCGUGCCUGUGCUCGUAUCUAUGCUCCUGCCUAUGCUCGCACCUAUGCUCGUGCCUAUGCUCGUGCCUGUGCUCGUACCUAUGCUCGUGCCUAUGCUCGUACCUAUGCUCGUACCUAUGCUCGUACCUAUGCUCCUACCUAUGCUCGUACCUAUGCUCGGACCUAUGCUCGUGCCUGUGCUCGUAUCUAUGCUCCUGCCUAUGCUCGCACCUAUGCUCCUGCCUCUGCUCGUGCCUGUGCUCGUACCUAUGCUCGUACCUAUGCUCGUGCCUGUGCUCGUAUCUAUGCUCCUGCCUAUGCUCGUACCUACGCUCGUACCUAUGCUCGUGCCUGUGCUUGUACCUAUGCUCGUACCUAUGCUCGUACCUAUGCUCGUACCUAUGCGCGUACCUAUGCUCGUACCUAUGCUCGUGCCUAUGCUUGUACCUAUGCUCGUGCCUAUGCUCGUACCUAUGCUCGUACCUAUGCUCGUACCUAUGCCCGUACCUAUGCUCGUGCCUGUGCUCGUAUCUAUGCUCCUGCCUAUGCUCGCACCUAUGCUCCUGCCUAUGCUCGUACCUAUGCUCCUGCCUAUGCUCGUACCUAUGCUCAUACCUAUGCUCCUGCCUAUGCUCGCACCUAUGCUCCUGCCUAUGCUCGUACCUAUGCUACUGCCUAUGCUCGUACCUAUGCUCAUACCUAUGCUCCUGCCUAUGCUCGUACCUAUGCUCGUGCCUAUGCUCGUACCUAUGCUCGUGCCUGUGCUCGUACCUAUGCUCGUGCCUGUGCUCGCACCUAUGCUCGUACCUAUGCUCCUGCCUAUGCUUGUACCUAUGCUCGUACCUAUGCUCGUACCUAUGCUCGUACCUAUGCUCGUACCUAUGCUCGUACCUAUGCUCGUACCUAUGCUCGUACCUAUGCUUGUGCCUGUGCUCGUACCUAUGCUCGUACCUAUGCUCGUGCCUGUGCUCGUAUCUAUGCUCCUGCCUAUGCUCGUCCCUAUGCUCGUACUUAUGCUCGUACCUAUGCUCGUACCUAUGCUCGUGCCUGUGCUCGUAUCUAUGCUCCUACCUAUGCUCGCACCUAUGCUCGUGCCUAUGCUCGUGCCUGUGCUCAUACCUAUGCUCGUGCCUAUGCUCGUGCCUGUGCUCGUACCUUUGCUCGUGCCUAUGCUCGUACCUAUGCUCGUACCUAUGCUCGUACCUAUGCUCCUACCUAUGCUCGUACCUAUGCUCGGACCUAUGCUCGUGCCUGUGCUCGUAUCUAUGCUCCUGCCUAUGCUCGCACCUAUGCUCCUGCCUCUGCUCGUGCCUGUGCUCGUACCUAUGCUCGUACCUAUGCUCGUGCCUGUGCUCGUAUCUAUGCUCGUACCUAUGCUCGUACCUAUGCUCGCACCUAUGCUCCUGCCUCUGCUCGUGCCUGUGCUCGUACCUAUGCUCGUACCUAUGCUCCUGCCUACGCUCGUACCUAUGCUCGUACCUAUGCUCGUGCCUGUGCUUGUACCUAUGCUCGUACCUAUGCUCGUACCUAUGCUCGUACCUAUGCGCGUACCUAUGCUCGUACCUAUGCUCGUGCCUAUGCUUGUACCUAUGCUCGUGCCUAUGCUCGUACCUAUGCUCGUACCUAUGCUCGUACCUAUGCCCGUACCUAUGCUCGUGCCUGUGCUCGUAUCUAUGCUCCUGCCUAUGCUCGCACCUAUGCUCCUGCCUAUGCUCGUACCUAUGCUCCUGCCUAUGCUCGUACCUAUGCUCAUACCUAUGCUCCUGCCUAUGCUCGCACCUAUGCUCCUGCCUAUGCUCGUACCUAUGCUCCUGCCUAUGCUCGUACCUAUGCUCAUACCUAUGCUCCUGCCUAUGCUCGUACCUAUGCUCGUGCCUAUGCUCGUACCUAUGCUCGUGCCUGUGCUCGUACCUAUGCUCGUGCCUGUGCUCGCACCUAUGCUCGUACCUAUGCUCCUGCCUAUGCUUGUACCUAUGCUCGUGCCUAUGCUCGUACCUAUGCUCGUACCUAUGCUCGUACCUAUGCUCCUACCUAUGCGCGUACCUAUGCUCGGACCUAUGCUCGUGCCUGUGCUCGUAUCUAUGCUCCUGCCUAUGCUCGCACCUAUGCUCCUGCCUAUGCUCGUGCCUGUGCUCGUACCUAUGCUCGUACCUAUGCUCGUGCCUGUGCUCGUAUCUUUGCUCCUGCCUAUGCUCGUACCUAUGCUCGUACCUAUGCUCGUACCUAUGCUCGUACCUAUGCUCGUACCUAUGCUCGUACCUAUGCUCGUACCUAUGCUCGUGCCUGUGCUCGUACCUAUGCUCAUGCCUGUGCUCGUACCUAUGCUCGUGCCUAUGCUCGUACCUAUGCUCGUGCCUGUGCUCGUAUCUAUGCUCGUACCUAUGCUCGUACCUAUGCUCGUACCUAUGCUCGUACCUAUGCUCGUACCUAUGCUCGUACCUAUGCUCGUGCCUGUGCUCGUACCUAUGCUCGUGCCUGUGCUCGCACCUAUGCUCGUACCUAUGCUCGUGCCUGUGCUCGUACCUAUGCUCGUGCCUAUGCUCCUGCCUAUGCUUGUACCUAUGCUCGCACCUAUGCUCGUACCUAUGCUCGUACCUAUGCUCGUACCUAUGCUCGUACCUAUGCUCGUACCUAUGCUCGUACCUAUGCUUGUGCCCGUGCUCGUACCUAUGCUCGUACCUAUGCUCGUGCCUGUGCUCGUAUCUAUGCUCCUGCCUAUGCUCGCACCUAUGCUCCUGCCUAUGCUCGUGCCUGUGCUCGUACCCCUGCUCGUACCUAUGCUCCUGCCUAUGCUCGUGCCUAUGCUCGUACCUAUGCUCGUGCCUAUGCUCGUACCUAUGCUCGUGCCUAUGCUUGUACCUAUGCUCGUACCUAUGCUCGCGCCUGUGGUCGUACCUAUGCUCGUGCCUGUGCUCGUACCUAUGCUCGUGCCUAUGCUCGUACCUAUGCUCGUACCUAUGCUCCUGCCUAUGCUCGUACCUAUGCUCGUACCUAUGCUCGUGCCUAUGCUCGUACCUAUGCUCGUGCCUGUGCUCGUACCUAUGCUCGUGCCUAUGCUCGUACCUAUGCUCGUGCCUAUACUCGUACCUAUGCUCGUGCCUAUGCUCGUGCCUAUGCUCAUACCUAUGCUCGUACCUAUGCUCGUACCUAUGCUCGUGCCUGUGCUCGUAUCUAUGCUCGUGCCUGUGCUCGUACCUAUGCUCGUACCUAUGCUCCUGCCUAUGCUCGUACCUAUGCUCGCACCUAUGCUCGUACCUAUGCUCGUACCUAUGCUCGUACCUAUGCUCGUACCUAUGCUCGUACCUAUGCUCGUGCCUGUGCUCGUACCUAUGCUCGUACCUAUGCUCUUGCCUGUGCUCGUAUCUAUGCUCCUGCCUAUGCUCGCACCUAUGCUCCUGCCUAUGCUCGUGCCUUGUUCAAGUGGACAGCACAGAGAAUUUUCGACACGCCAGUUGCCACAGGCAGGCACUAUGACCUGUGCUCUCUGUGUGCUCCCCCACCCGCCCUCACUAUGACUAUGUUUGCCUUUCCUGCUCCCUCCCCCUCCCCCCUCCAGUCACUAAUGGACAAGUGGACGGCGCAGAGAGUUCUCGCCAAGGCAGCUGCCACAGGAAGGCAUCACGACUUGUGCUCUCUGUGUGCUCCCCCACCCUCCCUCCUCGCCACCCCUCCCCCUUCAGUGGACAAGUGGACGGCACAGAGAGUUCUCGCCAAGGCUGUGCUACAGGCGGGUGCACUCAUAACGUGUGGGAUCAUACAAGUGUGCCUGCUGCAGCGGCUCUUUGAAAAGAGGCUCAAGAUGAGCCGCGUGUAA